UUAUUAUUAUUAUUCACCUUUCAAUAUGCUCUCCCUUGUUUUAACUUUGCCAAUGACAAUAAUGCCACUAGAGUUUCUUUGCUGUAAUUCGGGGAAACUGAUGCUGGAAGCGGUACCCCCCAUAGAGAACCCGGAGGGUGGUGGCGUGGCCGUUCCCGAUGGGUUGAAAGCGGAGCACGGCGAAGAGGGUGACCGGAAUUCCGCCGCGAACCGGUGGCCUCGAGAUGAGACAAUGGCUUUGCUCAAGAUACGGUCUGAAAUGGACGUUGCUUUCAAAGAUACCAGCCCCAAAGCCCCUCUUUGGGAACAAGUCUCAAGGAAAUUAGCGGAACUAGGAUAUCAUAGGAGUGCGAAGAAGUGCAAGGAGAAGUUUGAGAACAUUUACAAGUACCAUAGAAGAACCAAAGAAGGUCGUUGUGGCAAACCCAACGGUAGCAAAACUUAUCGAUUUUUCGAGCAAUUGGAAGCUUUAGACGGUCACCACUCUCUUCCUCCUCCCCCAACUACUUUACCUACCUCGGAAGAACAACUAGAGGUCACUGCUAAAUCUACAACCCAUGUGCCCGACAACAACGUUAACGUUAUCGAAGAUGCGGUUCCUUGUUCCGUUAGAUACCCUAGUGCAAACGCUGUGGAAUAUUAUUCUAGUUCCACCACUUCGUCUUCGGGCAAAGGGUCAAAGAAGAAGAAACUGACGCAGUUUUUUGAAGGGCUUAUGAGGGAAGUGAUAGAGAAGCAAGAAACGCUUCAGAGGAAGUUCAUGGAGGUGUUGGAGAAGUGUGAACAGGAUCGAAUAGCGAGAGAGGAAGCGUGGAAGAAUGAAGAGCUUGCUCGGAUUAAAAAGGAACGCGAGGUUCUGGCUCAGGAAAGGUCAAUUGCUGCGGCUAAAGAUGAAGCAGUGCUUGCUUUUCUCAAAAAGUUCACAGAAAACACGGUGCAGUUACCCGAGAAGAUUCAGGUUCAAAAGGAGAAAGAUAAGGACAUGGUAGAGAGUGGUGAUAGAGAUAAGCAAGAGUGUGGAAAUGUUAGUGUCGGGAAUUUCAUACAUAUGAGUUCAUCGCGAUGGCCUAAGGAUGAAGUUGAGGCUUUAAUAAGGUUGAGGACACAGCUUGAUGUGCAGUCUCAAGGGAAUGGAUCUAAAGGGCCUCUUUGGGAGGAGAUAUCUUUGGCAAUGAAGAACCUUGGCUAUGAUCGUAGUGCCAAGAGGUGCAAGGAAAAAUGGGAGAACAUUAACAAAUACUUCAAGAGAAUGAAGGAAAAGAACAAGAGAAAGCCUUCGGAUUCCAAAACGUGUCCUUAUUAUCACCACCUUGAAGCUUUAUACAGUAAAAAGCCCAAGAAAGUGGAUGAGUCGGUUGGUAAUUCUGGGAACGAGUUGAAGCCUGAGGAGCUAUUGAUGCAUAUCAUGGAAAGUCAAGAAGAUAGACAACAACAGGUAGAAUCAUCAUCAUCUGAAGAUGGUGAAGGAGAGAACACGGAUCAGAACCAAAGAGAGAAUGAAGAUCAAGGUGGGUAUCACAUGGCAAUUGCAAAUAGUCCUUCCUUAGCAAUCAUGAGUUAAAAGCUUAAUUUCAAGAGAUUCUUUAAUUGAAACUUCUGUGACUACCAACGUGGGGUUCCCGUUCUUUUGACUUUCCAAUGAUUUAUCAAACUAAGAUCAGUGGGAGAUGAGUUGGGGUCAUGAACAAUCUUAGGUAGAAUACAAACCAGUCUCAUGGGUGGUGUCUUUGUAUGUAUUAUUAUUACCCUAUAUCUUCCAAUUUUCAUUGGUUUUUUGUUUUUAGUUUUUUUGUUGAGUGAACAUGAUACACGGAACACGCACAUUGAAAGGGGGAGAGAUUUGUCUGUGUGUAAAAAAUAAAGUCACUCGGCGUGUAAUCUAAUGUUAUAUCAAAUUUUCCCUAGAAGUUUGUAAACCCAUGUGUGAUCAGGUGGGAAAUGGUUGGAUUUGUUUGUUUGUGACAAUAAAAAAGGACAUAGCGGUGAACUGUAAUGAAAGUGCAUUUUUGUUUAAAGUAGAGCGGAAUGGAUGAUUACAUCACGCGUGGGUAAAGCAUUUGGCUAUCAUUGUGGAUGGAUAUGCAUCUUACCAAGAUCUGUGCUUAAGUUAUGUGUUUUAGGGUAAAUGCAAUCACUGAGGCAUUAUUGCCUUUGGGCUUUGGCAGAGUAAUAGGAAAUUCUUAAUGGCCUCUUAUUUUUGUGGGAAUAUUUGGGAAUUUAUAUCAGAUUACAAUGCUCAAGUAUUGACUGAAUUUCCUUGUCAUCGGGAGAGGUUGUGAUCUAUGUAAUGAUCAUGUUGACUUCAACUACCCCACCCGUUGGAAUAAAGUUUGAGAAAUGAUUAUUGAUACUCAUUUUUAUUUAUUAUUUAUAGUUACUUGUUUGAGGAAAAAUAAAAGAAAGGUAUAUUUAGAGUGUUUUAUUUGAAUGUAAUAGUAAUAUUUAUAAAAAAAAUGAUGAAAUAUAUAUUAAUAUAAAAUAAUGUACAAAUGUAAUUGUAAAAGUUUUAAUAACUCUUUUGACAUUAUUUCUACACUAGUAGGAUGUAUAAAAUAUAGGUGUAGUAGUAGACUUGCCACAGCUUCGGAGUUUCUAAUAGGAACCCCAAUG